GCCCAAGAUAGUGGAAUGGCUAUUGCUGUGUGUUAUAAGAUAAGGGUAGGAGGGUCCUCAUGAAUUCCGUUGUUUUAAUACUAUAGAAAACAAAACUGUUAUAAUUAAGUCAAAGGCCUUAUAAGAAACACCACUUAAUAUUUCUUUGAUAAUAAGCAUAUAUGCUAAGUAUCCUAGUUGGCCAAGACAAUUAUUUUACUUUAACUUUUGAACUGUUGUUCAACUUUCAUUUGUUUAUUCAACAUCACCACAAACUGGUUUAUAAUUAUUAUAGCUUCAAGUUGGUGUUUUGUUUAAUUUCAUUCUACUUGCUAAAAUAUCUAUAUAURGAUUUGAAAUCUGUAUCGAAACUUGCACAUGGUUUACCAGAAAGAUUCAAGAGCAAUCCUUCGUUCCUGCUGUUCUCGUUAGUGUACAUGCAGAGCAUUGGUUUAGGAUAGGUGUAUAAUUAACGUUAUAUCAAAUCCUAGUAAWUAAGCGAGGCAUGUUUAGUUUUAAACAGGAAUUCAAGUUAAAAAACUUCAACUUGAACCACAGACCAGUACAAGACUUUGUUACCUCUCCGUGGUUUUCAGCUCCAGUGCUGUUGGCAUUUAGARCAUUUUUCGCUCUGUACAAYCUCACAUGGGCGAUAGUUCGUAUAGCCGCAUACGAAAGUAUACGUAAAGUAAGAACRCUCUUCCUGUUGACAUAUUGGUCAUACGUAGCUUUGGUUAUCUACUUCCAACUAUCACUGACAACCACAGUGCUUUACUAUGUGAAACAAAGACGGAAAGGACAAUUGGCUCAUGCUUCUGAAGAAGAAGAAGAAGGAGCGAAAUGGUAUUACAAACUCCAGUGGCUUUUCUUCAACAUUGCCRGCGUCAUGGCCAURGUUGUGACAUUCUCUUAUUGGGCGUUUGUYUUUGAUUUUAAAAGAGAYCAYGUCGAAAUUAAUGAUGUUAAUGUUCACAUACUGAACACUUUGUUCUUUGUACUAGAUCAUAUUAUUAGCUGUAUGCCAGUACGACUGCUGCACGCGAUAUAUUCAAUSCUWUUUGCAUGUACGUAUGUCAUAGCUACAGUUUUGUAUUGGGUAUUCAUAACAAAAACACCUUUGUAUACCGUUUUAGACUAUAGUUCACACCCUGGUCGGACUGCUGGGUUUUGUGCUGCGACCAUAAUKAUAUUACAGCCAUUGGUUCAGUUGUUUCUUUAUGGGAUAUUUAGGCUGAAGAUAUUUGCUGCAGAAAAAUACSGUCUGACUAGAAAUAGAUUUUACGAUUUAGUUUCUUCGCCAGUAACUAAUUAGUAUUUAAUUUUUUAAUUUUCUUUUUACUUAAAAAAAUGGUUCCAAAAGGUUUUAUAAUGAAAGCGAAGCCCGAAAGGGAGCAUGGGAAAGCAAAUAUUAUGAGUAUUAACAGUGUUUUAGUGUAAACAGAUUGCCUGCACUGAAUAAAACGACCUUCACUACGAGUAAUGCUAUAAUCCAAUCGGUUUCAGUGUCAGUUUCCUUCGAUUAUUAUGACGACCUUUUUGCUACUCGAGAACUUCUUUUUCAAUUAAGUGUAUAUGUAUCAUUUUAAUUUGACUUUCGUUUUGCAUGUUUUUUUGUCGUCCAUUACUUAUUAGCCACUAUAGUUCAUCGUUUACUAUUUUCUAAAUAACAAAUUCAAUUAUUCGAAUAAAUAAAUAAAUUGGAAAAAAAUGAAAAUUCAUGUUUUAGUUGGCCCAGUAGAAACUGUCAAGUUGAAACCUUGCCAUAAAACGCAAGCUCAACAAGCCCAACAAACCAUGCAUUACUGGGUCAUGAUACCGUUACCGACAGUUGAUGUCAUGUUCAUCCCCAGGGCAUGUUGGUGGUUCAUUGACAAGGGGUCAAAAUCUUAUUAGAAUUGAUUGUAUUAYCGUUAUCAGCUCACACCACCCACUAGCUUUGUAGUCGCCGGUAAUGUAUGUAUUUUUAAUGUCAAGGAAUAGGUGAUAAAAAUAAAUUGCCAUCGCGCCUAGAUCUAGCCCGGGUUCCUCCUCCAUCCCUUAAACAGGAGUCUUUAGACUACUCUAUCAUUGUGUACUUCUUUCGCGUGAUGUUAACAAUGGAACCCUUUAAACAAGAAUUUCAGCUAAAGAACUUCAAGUUCGACUAUACUCCUGUUARUCACUUCUUUGAAUCUCCGGUAAGUUAGCGAUCUUUAUAGCCAUUUCAACUACAAAAAACCUAACAUUUGCUUACAACGAAUUACCAUGAUUGAAACCUUGUGCGAAUUAUUUCUUAUCAUCAUCAUAUCAUCUAAUAAUUUUCACUAUAAUUCUUAAUAUAAUUUUGCAAUGAAGACAUUAUUUUURUUUAUUUAUUUUUGUUGUUAGUACAACUACAGUCAAUCCCAUUAAAGUUGCUCAGUUGUAAAGACGUAAAGACAACAACAAAAUCGCGCUUGCAUAAUCGUGUUCUUAAUUUCKUUGCCAAAAAAUAUACAAAGCAAAACUUUUUACARUGUCACGCUAUUUAUCUAUCUGCGAAUACUAAAAACAUUGUUAUGCAAAGCUAGGAGUUCUUUGUUGAGUAUGUCUUUUCAAGUGAAUAAUUUUUAUGGAAUUGACUGUAUCUAAUAUAUAUCUAAAAUAUCCUUUAUUUCAGUGGUUACCAGUCCCCGCGCUGUUGGCCAUUAGAGCAUUG